ACUAGUAAUGAGCUUGUCUUCUGUUCCCUUCACGUCUCCUCCCCGCAGCUGACCCGGGAUCUGCGCCGCCCCCACCGACCGCCGCUUCUCGCCGCCCCUCACGGUUCCUUCUCAUACUUGCUCUUAUCCCCCUCCUCCCAAGCUGCCUAGCCCUGAUCCCGGUUGCUCCGUCCGCGCUGAAUCACGAUCCGUUCAUACUCCUUUCUUGCCGAGUAGGCAUCCGAUUCGGGGCCGAAUGCCGCUAGCUAGCUCCUGGGAGCUCCCUUCGCCUUGGCUCUUGCAGUCUUAGGUACAGAUGUCCGGUUCUUGUUGCUGUCCAGUGUGCCCCCUCCUGUUCUUUCUCUCUGGCCCCUAUAGAUUUCGCGAGCAAUUAGCUACCUUUGAUUCGCCGAGGUAUUGUUUAUUUGACUAUAGAAAGGCUCCUAGACACUAGUCAGAAUCCACUGCCAGUGGUGGCAUCACUUCUUGUGGUAUUUGGUGGCUACGACCCUGUCAUUAGCGCUUAUUCUUGUUUAGUUGACCUUACCCCCUUUUGCUUUCGCCUGCUGGUAUUCACUGAUUUACUUGUAUAGUUGUUCUAGUUUGGGGAAAUAGGACCUGUUCUUGGCUUCUUGUCCGUGUUCUGCCCACAGUAAGUUGUUGCCGUUGGAUUCAUUGGUAUCCAUUUAUCUGUCUUGGUUCAUCUCUCCCAAGUGGUCACCAAUCACCUUUGUGUUGUUUUACCUCACUAGGAUAAAUAAGGUUUGGCCAAAAAAGGUCAAUCGCGUUGGUUCCUUCACCAUUAGUACAUUUUGGUUUGGUGAUGUCUUGCACCUCUCCAGAUCCACCGGACUACUGCUUGGCCGAAUCGCCUGAGCUUAAGCUGUACCAAGCCUUCAUCUUCUCGGUGCCUGUCUUCUUUACAUUAGUCUCGCUUCUCUUCUUCUACUUGUUCUACUUGAGGCGGCGCAGGGCGAAUUGGGAGUCCUUGCAGAUGAGGGCAAAUAAUCUGAUACGGGGAGAUAACCCUAGAUCGCAGUGUGGUCUAAAGAAGGAGAUGCGGGAAAUGUUGCCGGUGGUCAUCUUCAAGGAGAGCUUCUUGAUCAGGGAGACACAGUGCUCUGUCUGCCUAGCAGACUAUCAACCCGAUGAGCAGCUCCAGAGAAUACCUCCUUGUGGCCAUACAUUUCAUAUCGAUUGCAUCGACCACUGGCUCUCUACAAACACCACCUGCCCCCUUUGUCGAGUAUCGCUUCUUCCAGCCCCCAAAUCAACCAGCAUUGAUCCAGAUCUGGAAGCACAAGUUGCCGAAGAGGAGUCUCUGAAUGUACAGCAUCAGGAGGGCCUUGUUAACGACAACACACUACAGCAAGAUCAGGCACCCGAACAAGGUGGAACCGAACUGCAGAGUGAUGCGGGCGAAUCUUUGACGGUCAGGGAGGUCGCUGUGCCUCAAGCUGACGUUGAGGGGUCACCAAGCACAACCUUCCGGCCCGGUAAAGCGAAGAAAUAAGGACGACCAUUGAUUUCCACUUUGGUAACCCUGUAUGUUCAGCUGCUCAGAAGGAUAAACAGGAGGCACAUAAAGAUCUUCACUAAUGUUGUAACCAAUUUUCAUGAUAAAGAGAAGGCCCAACCUUGGUAGAAAUUGUUAUUAGCUCAUAGAACUGUGUUUCAAAAAAGAAAAGAAAAUAGAACUGUGUUUCAAAAAAGAAAAGAAAAUAGAAAUAAAGGAGCGAGCUUUGUUUCUCA